AUGGGCGGUGCGGCUAGGGCAAUUUCUGGAUUAAUUUUAACUAAUGAAAAUUAUGAUAAAGCAGUUGAGAUCCUAAAAGAUAGGUUUGGGCAGAGACAAGCCGUGAUCUCAGCUUAUAUGAACACGCUUUUAUCAUUACAGCCUGUUAGGAGAAUAAAUGACACCGCGGGGUUGCGUAAUCUCUACGAUGAAAUUAACAACAGCAUAAGAAGUUUAGAGUCGUUGGGAAUUGAUAUAGAUUCUUACGGUAACUUAUUGUAUCCGAUUCUAGAUAGAUGCAUAUCUGUUGAAUUGAUGUUGUUGUUCAAUAGAAGUCAGGUUGAAAAGAAAGGUAUAAAAUGUAAAACCUGUGGAUCACAAUCCCACUUGGAGUACUUGUGUGAAAGAGGUCAGAGACCAAGUAAAAGCGGUAGUGUUGAAGGAUCUUCCAAUGAGUCCAAAGACGUAGGUGUUAAUUCAUUGUUUCGAGAGUCAAUGAUCAAUACUGAAAAACGACAUAAUAUCUAUUACCAAACAGCUAGAGCCGAUGUAGUGGGUUCAAAUAAAAUCGCUCGAGGGAUUAGAAUUUUAAUUGACAGCGCUUCCGAAGCUAGCUUUCUUUUAGAAAGUAUUGCAGAGGAAGUCGGAUUACCUACUGUGUCAGUUGAGAAACUUAAAAUUCACACUUUUGGGUCUCAAUCACCCCACUUGAGAGAAUUAAAGCGAAAAAAAGCUUUAUUGAAAAGCCCUAUUAGUGAUUCGUGUUUAGAAUGCAAUAUUCUGGUGAUAGACAAAAUUGUUGGCCCAGAUUUAAUUCGAAGCCCUUCGGAAGGUAUUGUAUCGGUUUUGAGACAGGAGGGAUUUGUUUUGUCUGACCAGGGUGGUGAGGAAACAGAGAUUGGCCUUUUGAUUGGAAAUGACUUAAUAAAUAAGGUUUUAACGGGGAAAACUCGCAGACUUUCAGAAUUUUUGAUGUUAUAUGAGACCAUAUUUGGCUGGGUAAUUAACGGAAGCUCUGGAGGAGAAGACGUUUUAAAUUGCGCUUUAAGUAUGUAUACUGGAGUUGAGUGCUGUGAGGAGGAAAAGUUAUCAGAUUUGUUGUAUAAUUGGUUUCAAUUGGAAAGUCUAGGAAUUAGGGAUUCGCCUUCAGGGAGGAGUGAAAGCGACGAAAAAAUAAUUCAGAGGUUUGAGGAAAACUUGCGUUUUGAGAAUGGCCGUUACGUUACGGGUCUCCUGUGGAAGCGCGAUCCAAUGGAUUUGAAGGACAAUUUUCAUUUGGCUAAACGGCAAUUUGAUAGAUUGCAAAGAGAAUUGGAAAGUGAUGGCUUUAUUCGUAACCAAUUCGAGGAAAUAAUUAAGUUCCAGAAGGAAAAUAAUAUAGUCGAGGAUUGUGCCGAAGGUGACUCGGGGUACUUCAUGCCGUAUCGGAGCGUGGUCAGGAAAGAUAAAAGCACUACGCAUGUUCGAUUGGUAUUUAAUUGUUCAAGUUCUAAGAGAGGCGAUUUGUCAUUAAAUGAUUAUUUGGAACAAGGCCCUAAUUUGAAUCCCAGUCUAUUGGAUGUCCUUUUGAAAUUUAGAAUAUUUGAAGUAGUUUUUUGUGGAGAUAUAGAAAAGGCUUUUUUGAUGAUUGGAGUGGCUGAACAAGAUCGUCGUUAUUUAAGGUUUUUGUGGCAUACGAAUGAUAAAGACCGAGAAUAUGUGGUGUUGCAAAUGAGUCGCGUUUUGUUUGGAAGUAGAUGCUCACCAUUUUUGUUGCGAGACACAAUCGGAUAUCAUGUCAGAAAAUAUCUCGAAAGAUACCCGGAUUGUGUCGACAUGUUGGACAACGCAUUAUAUGCUGAUGACUUGUGUUACGGCGCUGAGACGGUUCAAAAAGUUUUCAGUUUGUCUUCAGGUGCAGUUACUAUCUUGAAAGAUGCAGGGUUUAACUUGAGAAAGCUAUGCACGAAUUCUAAGGAGUUGCAGACAUUGUGGACUCAAAAUGGAUUAAGUGAUGGUGUUGGGUCUGAGCAAGAUUCUAAGUUGAAGGUUUUGGGUUUAGUGUGGGAUUUAAAGGAGGAUUGUUUGGGGGUUGAGGUUGUGCCUUUGUUGAAUAGCUUGGAGCCGGUAAGGAAUACAAAGCGGUCUGUGUUGAGUGUUGUUGCUAGGGUGUUCGAUCCUUUGGGUUUUAUUAGUCCGUUGGUUGUGCGUGUUAAGAAACUUGUACUGGAAAUUUUUGAAAGAGGUAUUGAUUGGGACUCAGAGUUGCCAGAGGAUUUGAGAAAUAAGUGGGAGAGGUGGUGUUGUGAAGUAGGUUGUUUGUCUGACGUGCGAAUAGAUAGAUGUUGUUUUUCUAACUGGGAUAGGGAUGCUGGUGGAAUGGAGAUGCACAUAUUUUGUGACGCGUCGCAGAUUGCAUAUGGAGCAGUUGCGUAUUUUUGGUGGGAAACUUCAUCGGGUGAGGUUGGAGCGUACUUUGUCAUGGCGAAAAGUAGAUUAGCACCGUUGAAAAAAUUGAGCUUACCUAGAUUAGAGUUGAUGGAAGCAUUGGUUGGUGCUAGAUUGUGUAAACAUUUAUCGGUGGUUUUUAAGAAUUGGGUGAAAAGAGUUGUUAUGUGGACAGAUUCUGAGAUUGGUUUGCAUUGGAUUAAGAGUUCAGCGUCGGAAUGGAAACAGUUUGUGGCAAAUAGAGUCGUUGAAAUUCAGAAUUGUGUAGUUCCUGAUAGGUGGUUCCACUGUCCAGGUGUGGAGAACCCAGCUGAUCGGUUGACCAGAGGAGUGUCGGCGGGAUCACUAAAAAACGAUAUGUGGUGGAGUGGACCUCGAUGGUUGAAAUCACCGCAGAGCGACUGGCCUCAACAAAAACUCAGAGUUCAACACGAGAGUCUACCUGAGAAAAAGAUUGUUGUACACACUACGAUUGUUAAAGAUGAUCCAUUGAUUGACAUUUCCAGAUUUAGUAGUCUUAACAAGCUGCUGAGAGUUACUGCCUAUGUGUUGCGGUUUCUUGGGAAACUUAGAGGUAGAAGCAGACAGAGAGGUCCGUUGGUGGCGGCGGAGAUCAUCGAAGCAGAAGAAUUUUGGGUGAAGCAAGUUCAACGUGAACACUUUGAUCCUGAAAUAACUCGUCUCAACCGAGGUCAACAGAUUCUCGCUAGUUCACGAAUAUGGAGUCUUGCUUCCUAUCUGCAGGACGGUCUUCUUCGUGUAAAAGGACGUUUAGAGCAAAGCGUGUUGACGCAGGAAGAAAAGCGCCCAAUACUUCUGCCCUAG